AUGGGUACAUGUAAAGACUUCCAACGUCUUUCAUUCGCGUCAUAUAAAUAUUGUUCGUUUUUCAUUCGAACAUUUCAAAACUCAAGUAAAAAUUUUUCAUCUUUAUCUAAAAUGUUAUUUUCAAUGAAAUUCAGCAUUUUCUACUUGCUAUUGAUUACAAUAAUGCUAAAAAAAGUUCAAUCAGACCUACCAGUUGGUUGUAGUUGUUACAAUGGCACCGAUGGUAUUUUUCCUCGAAAGUGCAACGCUCCUGGUUGUAGCCGUGGUAACAACAAUGAUUGUAAUUCUGUUACCGUUUAUUUUGGUAACAAUUACCGUAUUAGAUUUCUUAGUGGUGCUUUUGAUAUUCAUGGUUGCAAUUGUCCUGGUUUUAGUUAUAAUGGAGGUUCUAGUACUGGUAAAAAUGGCGUUUAUACUACGACCACUGAUACUCCUAUUAGCACUUAUUAUCAUUAUACCAAUUGCAGCGAAAUUGGUGCUGGCGGUAAUGCUAUUGCUUGUUGCAUGUUUUGUUGCACAUCACCAUAA